AUGGGCACCAGAUCAGCCACGAAGAUAAAACUUAGAAAUGCGCAAUAUAAAUGCGAUAUUUGCGGUCGCAAAUUAAUGACCGCGGAAGCGCUCAAAUCCCAUCAACAGUGUGUUCAUAAAGUUACAAACAAACCAAAAACGAAAGUGACACAACUGAAACAGGCUAUUUCUAAAUAUAAAAGUCAAACACCGAAAAUAAAGAACUUAAAAUUAGUAGAACUCGCGGUCAGCAAGUCAAAAUCUACACCGUCAAAAAAGGUAUCUUCGAGCAAGCCAGCCGCCAAAUCGACAGUAAUAAACGCCUCGGAGGAAACUUUAAAACCAUUUCCCGUUGAUAUGGCGAAUGCGGAAUACGAAUGUCCGAAAUGUAUGAAAAUAUUCCCUAUUUAUUUUUCGGCCCAUAGGCAUAUACAAAAAAGUCACUGUGUAAACGAAGCGGGUGAAAAAGUGUCACCAAAUUCUCAGCAUUUAAUAAAACCAAUUGUAAAGCAAUUGUGUAAGGUAUGUAACGAAAGGAUUUCCGAAACAGAGCCUCACAUUUGUGGCAAUAUCAGACUGGAGCUUGAUGAUGCAGGGAUAAGUUCGUUGUAUGUGUGCUCUGGAUGUAAACAACAAUUUAUCAGUCUGAGGUUGUUCGACCUGCAUGUGGCAGGAUUGCACUGUGAUGGAGUGGAGAGCAUGUUCUUCCCGAGCAUCAAAGAAUUCCAGAUCUGGAAAGAUGACAUGGAGCUUCAAACGAAAGUAAGGUAUGCGACUUUUGGAACAUAUAACUCCAAGCAGAUAUAUCGUUGCACAUUCCUUCCAGAAGGUAGCAAUGCAUAUGAUGAAACUACAUCAUAUUUCUGCCCAUCUACUAUUGCUGUCCAAGAGUUUUCUAAAGGCAUACAGGUUCAUUUCUAUAAAGAUCAUUAUAGUCACUGUUUCGAAGGCUAUGUUUUAGCAAAUAAAUAUAAGAAAUACUCUCUAACAACCCUGCUUCAAAAUUCUGAUGGUUAUACUCAAAUAAAUGAGUUGAAAGAGGACGAAACUGAUUUGUAUCUACAAUUUAAAAAACUGAUGGAAUGCAUCGUGUUAGAUGCUGCAAAGAUAAACAUUGCAACUCUCAAAAUUUUGAUUGGCAAAGCUCUGGAUAUGACAUCUGUGUUGAAUAAUUACGAAGAAGAUCCUGACUCGGAUUCUUUGUCAACUAAGAGAGUAAUAGAGGAUAAAAUAACUUGGGUGUUAGGAGAGUUGGGGGGCGGUCUAGGCGAAAAGAGAAAGUUAGCGUUAAAUAUGGAUAAACCGGAAACUGAGCCAAUUACGAAACGGUUCAAAACAAGGAUUUAUCAACACAAUGCCUAUCAGGAGCAAACUUUAAAUUCUUCACCUCUAUCAAUGCUUCAGGAUUCUACAAUCAAAAUAAUUAAUUCCUUCUCUCUUGCACAGCCCGAAAUAAGUAAAGCAAUUAAUGAGUUGGACAGUGAAAAUGAGGAGGUCGAUCCACUAUUAAAAUUGAAUGAAAUAUCACCAAUGGAUAACCAGAUUGAAGAUACACCAGUUAUGUUGGUGGAUAAAGGAAACAACGAUCAACCUAAAACAGAUCCUCUGAACCUCAGUGAUAAAAUAAAGGAUGAAUCACCAUCUUCAUUCAAUGACUCGUAUAAAGAUUUUGUAGUUAAAAAUUUUAAUGUCACACCUAUUCCAUCGAAAUCAAAACCAAAAAAUAAGUCAAAUAUAUCGAAUCAAAAAAGUGAGCCCAGCAAGAUUGAUAUAUCAUCUAAACCAAAUGUUAGCAAAGAACCAAAAAUAACAAAUAAUAAUACUACAUCUGCGAAUGGCGUAAAGCCUUACUCUCCUCUGUUAAGUAAACCAAAGCUGACAGUGACUGGUGUAGGAAGGUCAAGAUCAGAGACUAAUAUGGGAAAAUCGAAAUUAUUGGAUACUAGUAUAGAUAAAGCCAAAACAGAGUCCAUUCCUGUCAAAACACGAUCAUCCGAAGCUAGUUUCAAAUCAAAACUUUCGGACACCAGUCAAGAGAAAACUAAAUCUGAGUCCAUACCUGGUAAAACAAGAUUGUCAGAGGCCAGUAUUGGAAAAACAAAAACAAUUGACACCAGUAUGGGUAAACGGAAAACAUUGGAGAGCAGUUCAGGCAACAGAAAAGCGCCAGAUAUCACUUCAAGUAAAAGAAAAUCGUUGGAGAGCAGUGUAGGUAGUAGAAAAGCAUCAGAUACUACUACUUCAAGUAAAACAAAAUCUUUGGAGAGCAGCAUAAGUAGUAAAAAAGUGUUAGAGACCAGUUUAGGUAAAAUGAAAACUUUGAACACUAGCUUAAGCAAAACAAAAGCCGAGUCAAGUCCAAACAAACGACGUAACAAAUCAUUGGACACUGGCUUAAAUUUACCGAAAAAUGUUGAUUUGAAAUAUGAAGUGAAAGAAAGAGAAAAUGAUUGCAACAUAUUGAUUUUGAAGAUUUAA